AGAGGACCUCCGCCCCCCUCGUGCUGUUGAAAAGAUUUUUCAGGUAGUAUCGAGGUCACAGAAAUGUAGACGGGCAUUAGACUACUAGGGAGGGAGCAACGAACGGUCUCACAGCACUCACUUAAAUUCGGUCCUUUACAUUUCUGCCUUGGACAUCUCCACCGCAAAUGUGAUGCAGUCGCUCGCACAAGAAAUAAAAUCCUUCUCCAAAGCUAAUUUGCGGAAACAAUGCACCAGAGUAACGACUUUGAGCGGCAGGCGGAUUAUUGAAACAUGGAAAGGUUCCACUGUACAGGUGGUUGAGGAAACAGUACAGCCUGAAUCUGCAUGUGGAUAUAUUCAGGAUAAUAACUGGGACCUUCAGGUUGGAUAUAUUAAACCAUAUCUAUUACUUGGGUCACAAGAUGCCGCUCAUGACUUUGGUACUUUGAGGAAAUAUAAGGUCACACAUAUAUUAAAUGUUGCAUAUGGUGUGGAAAAUGCCUUUCCUGACCUGUUCAUCUAUAAAACACUGAGCAUACUGGAUCUACCUGACACUGAUAUCAUAUCAUAUAUCGAAGAGUGUGCACAAUUUAUCGACCAGGCUAAAGCUGAGGGAAACUCUUUGGGCAAUUGUCGUCACUUCAACUCUAUCUCCCAUGUUGUUGAUAAACUCGGGGAUUUGCUUUUCCACAUGGGCACGUUCUCAUCCAAGCUCUCCAGGAGAAACAUUGUGACCGUGAAGCCCAAAGAGUCCGAAGACGGCAGAACGAACCGGGACCUGACCGAGAGCCAGACUCGGGUCAUUAAAAAUGCAGUUCAGAGGGUCAGCCGGGAAGUUCAGAGGGCGUCUGUCAUCACCGAGGGAGGCAAGUGA